UUGUCACGCGAUUCUCCUCUCUUAAACUGGGCCGUACCCUUCUCCUUUCUUCAAUUCUCCCACCCUCCAAAGUAUAUGUUUUUUUAAAAAAUCAAAACCCUCACUCCUCAAUGGCAGUACUAGCCUUUUUCUUUAUUUAUUUCUAAUCAAACCUCUCUCAUUAGAUCCAUCGAUCAAUGGACGAGCCCACAUUGCAACUCAUCUCUGGAAUCGGCACCAAACUCGGCCAACUCGCUCGCCCUAACAAGGAUGUCCUCGUCAAAUCUCUUCGUCAAGUUGUGAGUGCCUUGUCACAAAUAGAACAGCCUUUGGUUGUUGAAGUUGCCACAAAGGCGCAAGUGUUGGGAAAAAUAGAAACAGCCACGAAGUCAUUGAGGAAAUCUAUUGUUAAGCACGGUCUAUCUAACCACACUGAUAAAGAUGUUAGACUUUUGGUGGCCAUUUGUGUCAGUGAAUUUUUUCGGAUCCUGGCGCCUCAACCACCUUUUGCAGAUAAAUAUCUUAGGGACCUUUUUAAACUCAUUCUCAGUAUGUUCAUGGAGCUUGCUGAUACUACAAGUGCAUUAUUCUCAAGAAGGGUUAAAAUAUUGGAGACUGUUGCUCGAUGUAAAUGUUGUGUGAUAAUGCUCGAUAUUGACUGCAAUGAUUUGAUUCUUGAAAUGUUUAAUAUUUUUUUCUCAGUUGUGAGAGAUCAUCAUCAACAGAGUUUAAUCAAUGAUAUUUUGUCUAUAAUGACUCAUAUUCUAAAUGAGGAAGUGUCUCAUGAGCUUAUGGAUUUAAUUUUGCGAAAUCUUAUACAGGAGAGUAAGGAUGCAAAUUCUGCGGCUUCUCAGCUUGCUGCCUCUGUUAUCCAAAGUUGUGCAGAAAAGCUUCAGCCCUUUGUUUGUGGAUUUUUAACAUCUUGCUCCUUGGAUAGAGAUUCUGUAGGGAGUGAGCUCAAAGAAUUCUAUCAUGAAAUUGUGUUAAAAAUCUUUCAGUGUGCUCCUGAGAUGCUUAAUGCUAUCAUCCCUAAUUUGACCCAAGAAUUAAUGACUGAUCAGGUUGAUGUGCGAAUAAAAGCUGUUAAUUUAAUUGGAAAACUUCUUUUACUACCUGAAUACCGUGUUGCACAAAGAUAUCGUACUCUUUUUGUAGAGUUUUUGAAAAGAUUUUCUGAUAAAUCUUCAGAAGUUAGAGUUACUUCUCUACAAUGUGCUAAAGCUUGUUGCUUGGCCAAUCCAUCGGGGAUAGAAUCCCUUGAACUUCUCACUGCCAUUAAAGAUAGACUGCUGGACUUCGAUGAUAAAGUGAGAAUGCAGGCAGUGGUUGUUGCCUGUGAUAUUUCUAGGUCUAACCUUAAAUAUACUUCACCUGAACUCAUAUCUGAGGUUUUAGAGAGACUUAGGGAUAAGAAGAUUUCUGUUAGAAAGAAAGCCUUGCAGAAAGUGAUGGAAGUAUAUCGAGAUUAUUGUAAAAAGUGUGCUGAAGGGCAUAUCACAAUAUGUGAUCACUUUGAGCAGAUUCCAUGCAAACUCUUGAUGCUUUGCUAUGAUAAAGAUUGCAAAGAAUUUAGGUCCCAAAACAUAGAACUUGUUAUUGCGGAGGAUUUAUUUCCGGUUUUUCUUCCAGUUGAAGAGAGGACAAGACACUGGAUCCGUUUGUUUUCUCUUUUCAGCCCUUUGCAUGUGAAGGCUCUCAAUGCUAUUUUAUCUCAGAAACGAAGGUUGCAAACUGAAAUGCGGAAUUAUUUUGCCUUACGAAGGAAAGAGAAGGAGAAUAGUUCAGAGGAUGUGCAGAAGAGAUUGAAGAGUUCUUUUGUGAAAAUGUCAGCUUCAUUCCCAGAUCCAUCCAAAGCUGAAGAGUGCUUUGAUAAGUUGAGUCAAAUCAAGGACAACAAAAUUUUCGCUUCACUGGGUCUGUUGCUGGAUGAAGUGACACUUAAAAAUGCCCUGGCCAUAAGAGAUAAAUUCCUUAAAGUGAUAGGGAAUAAGCAUCCACACUUUGAGUUUUUGCGGUUGCUCUGCUCGAAAUUCUUGUUUAAUAUAUUUGACUCUGAGCACGUCUGUUGCAUUCUCAAUCUUAUUUCCAGUGGUGGGUUGGAAAGCAAUCAUUUAGAAGCUUUUUCUGUUGAACUACUUCUGGUUAUCAUCAGCAAUUUCCCAUCACUAAUGAGGGGUACAGAACUUCAGUUUUGCCUGCUGUUUGAAGAGAAGUAUCUGAUUCACGAUAAGAUCAUUCAAGUUUUAGCAAAAGCAGGACCCCAUAUCUCUGUCAAAUUCAGUGAACUUUGCCCUAUUUUGAAGAAGAUCUGUCUUGAGGGGACUCGCACUCAGUCGAAAUAUGCUGUUUCUGCAAUUGCUUCAUUAGUAGAUGUAUCUAAGCCAUGUGUUUUCUCAGAAUUAUGUGAGGAACUUGUGGAUUCGCUACAUAGUGGGCGGAAUAUUGCAACUGUUCUGCAGUCUUUGGGCUGUAUUGCCCAAUAUUCUGUUUCAACUUUUGAAAAUCAUGAUAGAGAAAUCACACAACAUGUUUAUAAAAAGAUUUUUCAGGCGAAGCCAUUGGAUAAUCUUUCUGUCAUUGAGGAUACCUCUGGGUGUACUACUUGCAAAUUAAAGAUUUAUGGGCUUAAGAUGCUUGUCAAGAGUUUUUUGCCCCAUCGAGGAUAUCAGGUCAAUAGGCAAAUUAAUUCAUUGUUGGGCAUUUUGUUGAAGAUGCUCCAGAAGGGGAACGUGUUUGAUGAUAUAAUUUCAUGUGCAAGUGACAAGGAUUAUAUAAGAUUGGCAGCUGCAAAAUCUGUUCUCCAGCUUUCUAGAAGAUGGGACCUACAUAUUUCUCCUGAUAUUUUUCGCUUCACGAUUUUGAUGGCUAAGGAUUCUUCUUCCUCAGUCCGGAGAUCAUUUCUUGAUAAAACGCACAAGCUGUUGAAGGAACGUGUUAUACCUAUAAGAUAUGCUUGUGCUUUUACUCUGGCCACUUCUGAUUGCCCUGAGGAUCUACAGCAUUCAUUCAAAUAUAUGGUGGAGUUUAUCAAGGAAUACAGUAGAGAAGCUCGAAUACGCCAAACAUCCAUGGUGCAGAGAGGGUCAAUUGUGGAUUACCCAGCAUACUUAGUGGUAUUCUUGAUCCAUCUUCUUGUGCAUGAUGAAGGCUUCCCACCUGAAGGUUGUCAGGAUGAAGCAAUAUAUGCUCAAUUUUGCAGUCCACUUCUUUUGUUCUUACAUGCAUCAAUCAACCCUAAUCUCGUUGAUGGUGAUAUGGAUCUUGUUAAUGAUGCUACUUUCUAUUUGAAUUAUAUAUUUCGUGCUAUUAAAAGAGCUAAGGAUGCUGUUGAUGCUCAGAGAACUCCUAGGCUGCACUUUCUAGCAGAUGUUGGAGUUUCUGGUGUAAAUUCAUUACACCAGAAAGGCAUCUCCUCUUUACGCAGACCAGGAACGAUUUUGCUUCCAUCAUCAUUAUAUAAAAUAACUCCUAUGGAAAAUGAAGAGGCUAAUUUGAAAUUUCUUACUCAAAGUUUUGUUGAGAGGGUUGUUCACAUUUUCAAGUCUCAAGUCUCUCUGUCAGUUGGCUCUUUUCAUAAACGAGGUCGAAAGUGUCAUGAGGAUGAUACUUUUAACAUGGAAUCGCCUAAGCAAGAAGAUUUCUCAACUUGUGGGGCCCUUGAAAUGCGUAAGAAAUCUACAAGGCAAGACAUCAGUAUGGGAAAUAAGCGAAGACGUGCUGUUUCUCCAAAUGCAUCGGGAUCUGUUGGAUCACACAAUACGGUUUUUAAUGAGGAGCAGGAAUAUGGUGCAACUACCAGUUCUGAAGCAGCUUUAGGAAAAGGGCAACCCUUUUCUUCUUUCGGUUCUGUCACUCAGAAACCUUCUCAGAUGGAAUCACAAGUUUCAACUCAGAAAGUUGAAAGAAGUAAUGUAUUGGAUGGAAAUAUCGGGGCAGGUAAAAGCCAUCCUGCUGAAGCUUCCAAUUGUUGCAAAGUGAAGUUCAAUAUUCCUUUUAGUUCAAAAGAAUUGGCUAAUGCAAAUGAGGUAUUAAUUGGACAACGAAUCAAAGUAUGGUCUACCUCUGAUAGCUGUUUCUAUUCAGGCAUCGUGGAUGAUUUUAACCCUGAAAACAAUACUCACAAGAUCACAUGUGAUAGUGGGGAUGUCAAAAUAUUAUGCUUGGAAAACGAGAGCUGGGAGACAGUAAGUGAACGUUCCUUGAUGGAGAGGAAGGUUGUACUGUCUGAUAAGUCGAACACCUUGCAUUUGCGGCAAUGUGUUAAAGACACACUUGAUAAGUUCAAAGAUGAUGGCAGUCAGCAGUCCAAGACAAAAUUAAAAAUGGUUCCUAGCAGAGAAAAGAAAAAGAAGGAAGAGAGGUUAUCCAGAAAUUUGUCAUCAGUAUCAGAAAUGAUCAAUAUGGAUGAAGAUGAUGCUAUAGCAAGAAGAACUCGGAGAAGGAAAGUAUAAGUCGCAGCUGUAGUUAAUUGAGAAAGAGCAAAUGCACCGGCCUGGCUGCUGUCAGAUUUUCUUUAUCAUGCAAACUGAAUCUUAAUUUGCAUAAUCUUAAUACUCAAGGUCUUAGAACAAAAUUGUUUUCAUAAUUUUUUAAUUAAAGAGAAAUCAUAUCUUGAUCCAUUAUAACUUCCUUUAAUUAAAUGUUUUAUAAUUU